AUGGUAAAGUUACCUGACAAUGCAUAUGAAGGCAUUGUCAUUGCAAUUAACCCCUAUGUAACAGAAGAUGAAAAACUCAUUCAGAACAUUCAGACAGGUACUUGGACUUACAGACUUUUAAAUAAUGAAGCCCAACCACAAUUGCUAUCGGUCACAAUGACCACUGGAGCAAGAAAUCCUUCCACACUUCCAGCAAUGGCAGCUGCUUACGGGAGUCAAAAUACAGCACAACACAUAAACCUAGGAAUUUUUCAUGCCAAAGUCUGGGAAGAGGAUAUGUGUACAUUGGAUAUUGAGAUCGAUGUAAUGAUAAUCAUUGUGGAUAUUGCAGAUGGACUCUUGGACAAUGGUGCAGAUGCUGAUACUGUCAAAAAUGAUGGUAUUUACUCCAGAUAUUUUAUGGAAUACAAUGGAAGUGGUAGAUACAGUUUAAAAGUUCUUGUCCAGGCAAGAAAUCACACUGCUAGACAGAUUUUUAUAUGACAGAACAAGUCUCUGUACAUACCUGGGUAUGUUGUAAAUGGUGCAAUUGGACUGAACCCACCCAGACCUGAAGUUAAAGAAGACUUGGCAGAAGCUCAACUGGAACUUUUCAGCAGACCAACUUCAGGAGGGUCACUCACUGUAUCAGGAGCUCCUCCUGCUGGUGACAAUGAUCUCUUGUUCAGUCCCAGUAAAAUCACAGGUUUGGAGGCUGAGGUUAAAGGAGGUCGUGUUCACCUUUCAUGGACUGCCCCUGGCAGUAUCCUUGAUAAAGGCAAAGCUGCCAACUACACCAUAAGAAGAAGUAGGUCUUCCCAGGAGCUCCAACAUGAUUUUGACCGUGCUGCUGAUCUGACAUCUAAGGAGGCUGGCUCUGAAGAAACAUUUGGAUUUAGAGCAGAAGGUUUUAAAGUAGAGAAUGGCACCAAGAUCAUCAUUGCUAUCAAAGGCAACAAUGAAUCUCAUCUCAUCUCAGAAGUUAAACUAGCAAUUAGGUUCACUGCUCCCCAAGAUUCCAGCAUCCCUGCUCUGGGCAUCAAUAUUUCUGCCACUAGUUUGGCUAUUUGGGCGUUGGUCAUGAUUUUGUCUUUGGAAAGCAAAGCCUUGAAUGUCACAGGGAAGACAUGGGCCAAUGGCACAGUGUCUGUGGACAGCACCACUGGAAAUGACACAUUGUUUGUUGUUACCUGUAGAAUGCAAAAACCACAAAUUAUUCUCCAAGAUCCCAAAGGAAAAGAAUAUGAUACCUCAGAUUUCAAAGAACAUAAGCAAAAUAGUCGAACUUCCCAUCUGCGAAUACCGGGCAUUGCAGAGACAGGUACUUGGACUUACAGAUUUUUAAAUUAUCAAGUCCAACCUCAAUUACUAUCAGUCACAAUGACCACUGGAGCAAGAAAUCCUUCCAUACUUCCAGCAAUAGCAACUGCUUACAGGAGUCAAAAUACAGCACAACACAUAAACCCAGGAACUGUUCAUGCAAAUAUCAGGGAAGAGGAAAUAUUUAUAGUGGACAUCAUGCUAAUAGUCAUUUUAGUAUUGAAAGAUGGGCAGCAAGUAGGAUCAGAACUCUUGGACAAUGGUGAAAGUGCUGAUACUGUCAAAAAUGAUGGUAUCUACUCCAGAUAUUUUAUGGAAUACAAUGGAGGUGAUAGAUGCAAUUUAAUAGUUCUUGUCCAGGCAAGAAAUUACACAGCUAGAUGGAGUUUAAGACGACAGAACAAGUCUCUGUACAUACCUGGCCAUGUUGUAAAUUGGUACUGGGACGGUGUUGUUGAAACAGAAGAUCAAUUGGCAUUGCUAGUUCGUCUGGAAGACCCGUACUUGUUCAGCCAGUUCUAA